GAAAGCGGUCUAGACGGACCCAAUCGGUUGACAGGCGGAAUCCCCUCAUUUCUUGUCCGACAACCCAACUUGCUCUCCUUCUGCUCUCGUUCUUUUAGCUAGCCUUUUGCCUGUCACAUUGUUCCUUUGUGACUUUCUGGCACCAUUCUCCAUCAUUAACGCGUCCAGUACUCCUUACUUACUUGAACAUCCCGCUAUUAUUCAACUAUCCCCUAACCCUCUCGUCGGAGAAGAACCUACCUCCGUUCCGCGUCUUAAACCCUCUCAUCAUACACCGAAAGGGAUUCCCUUCACGCUGGUGCUAUCUCGUUGAGACUAGCCUUUAUUAAGCCUUUCUCGCUUCCUCGCUCUGCUUUCGUAUUCUUUUCGCUCAACUUCAGUUGUCCGCAGGUAGUCGCUCGGCAUUCGCUCUUGCAACCGACACUCGUUCCGUAUCACCGUCCAUCCCUUCUGCCGCUUCCUUCCGAUCCAUUUGCCCCCAUCGCCUAAACCUUUAAUUCUAUCAUCCAUUUCAAUAUUUCUCUUGGGUCCAUCUCGUAUGUUUUUGGAAAAGGCACCGGAUCUUCAUAUUUAGUCAUUUGGGUGGACGGCCGUACGGCCGUCUGUCAGAGCAGCAGGGUGGAGGAGUUUCGAGGAAUCAAAGAGGGCCACGACAGUACCGGAUCACGACAGGAUACCUGGGAGCAGGAAGAUAUAUCUGCCCAGACCUAGGAGGGUUGGCGGUGCAUAAUCAUUCGAACAGAACGUCGAACAGGGAGACUGGUCUUGCUUUUUCUUUGACUUUACCACGUUUGCCACUUUGGCAGUCUCCUGUCAGUGCUGUUCCACGUGUUCGGAUAUGGACGCUCAGUACCCUUUUGCCUCCCGCGACGAUAUUUGGCGCGUUUUUGAAGAGCUGAAGGAGCUUCAUGCUACCCAGUUCGAGCAGGCGGAGCGGAUUGCGAGACUAGAACGGCGAAGAGACGAGGAUGCGAGAUUGAGAAGCGUCUGGGGUCCUUUGUCGCCAUUUCCCGGUUCCGUUGGAGGUACAGUAUCCACAGAACCUAUCUUUCAUUCGCCGGCCGACGCUUUCAAAGGGUUUGACCAAGGACACCAUUCUGGCGCAGUGACCACGAUGGGUCUUGAUAAUGAUGACGAGCCACGGCGCGGGACAUCCAGGGCAAACAGCGUUCGUUUCGAUGAAAGCGCCAUCCAUGGAUAUUACGGACAAACUAGUCGUUCCAGCAGCGAGAUUCCGCUGAGGACUGGAAGCGGUAUGGGGGCCCAUCCGUUGACCGAACGAUCCUUGUCACACCGGUCAGAUGGAAGGCAGAGUUCAUCCGGCCAUUCCCAUCAUUCCGCCAGGGCCAACAGCCUGGGCCUGGACACAACUAGCAAAAUGAUGGGCCUCUCCGCCAAUGGAUCCCCUCUCAUCCCUCCCCCAGGGCUUUUCCUGCUUGGGCCUGUUCCUUGCAUUAUCCGGUGCUGGUUGACGACCAAUUUCUCCAAUGAUUCACUCCUUUACGCGGCCGUUUGUUCAGGGUCGUAUGUUUCGUCGCUGGGGACCACGAUGAUUCGGAAGCUUGGUCUGGCAGAUUUAGUGAUCGAAGAAGAUGGCCUGCAAUUCAUCAAGCUUCCGAUGUAUCUGCCCGAAGCUAGUGUACAUCAGGCAUCGUCACGGUCCAGCAGCCCAGAACCCCAGGUUCCAUCACUGACCGUCCGGUUCCUCGUUCGUGAAGUCGAUCCAAGUGAUCCCUCUAUUCAAAUCGCCAUUGGAAGCGACGUCCUGCGCUCUCACAAUGCUGACGUGCUUUUCUCUCAAGACAAGAUAAUCAUGGUCGAUGACGAGAGAAACAAGAUAUCGAUUCCUUUAGUUCGGCCGGAGGAUGACUCGGCCUUCAAAUCUCUUCGCACGGUGUCGGAUGGGUCGCUUUGUCCGCGCAUCGAAUCCCACCAGGGCAACGAGAUCAACGGACACUCGAACGUCGGUCUUAUUGGACAGCCGAUCGGUUCCCCAUCCCAGACCAGAUCUGCCAGAUCUAUGUCUGCUUCCGCCAGUGGCUCCAUUGAGGAAUCCCAAGAGAGCCGAAAGGCCCAAUCUUGGGAUAAUCAUGAGCUUCCUGGCUCCGAGAAUCCUCAAGCUUCAAACAAGCCCCCGGUAUCAUUGGAAUCUCAAGCCGCAGGGUCGACAAAGGUGGAGCCUGUCGGAGUUUGGGGUUCGUGGAAACGCGACUCCAAACUGGAUGCAAGCGCAUCUGCGGCAGGUAGGGCAUCUCGAGGUCGCCCCAUGAAGGUGCUUCGACCCACCAAAGCGUCCUCGCGCACUCCACCAGUUGGCAGUGCCCCUAGGAGCUCCAGUGCCGAUCUUGGAGAGACACCGGCCUCCUCUCAACCGGCCUCGUCUCGCGCUUCGCCCGACGAACCGCGAACCGGAAAGGCAUGGGGAUCUAAUCCGAUCGGGGGAGCCUCUGCCUUUGGGUGGCUUAACUCCGCCCAGCCGCCCAGUCGGGCCGUGACGAAUCCUAAAUGAAACAGAUUAGGAAUGCGUCGGCGUAGGUAGACUCGAGUUCGGUUCAUUUAAAUGCGUGGGAUACGAGGCAGGUCUGGUCAUGUUUUGUCAAUAGGGCACAUCAGGCUUGGGCAUGUACUAUGCAGUAGCCGUUUUAAUUCGCGUAGUAGCAAACCAUUCCCAUACUGGUGAUUAUUAACCGUUGGAUCAAAUUGAGAAAUGUAUGUUAAUCUUUGGA